UGUUAUCAUUUUUCAUAGGACGGUCGUGCGUGAAAUAAUCAUUGUGCUACUUUAUUAUCACUUUUUUGUUUGAUAAAGCGUACGAUUGUGUAAAUCCAUGUAAAUCGUUCUGUAUUUUGAUUAGUGACUACAUAAGUGAUAUAGUUAAAUUACUUAGCAACCAUGAGCUAUCAAGAUGAGGAAGAACAAAUCGGCUAUCAGGUGGGAUCUUUCCCCAAGGAUUUUGGGUACGGAAACUUUGAUCAUGAGGAUAGCAAUUCUCGCUCAGCAGAAGAUAAGCCUCGGAUUCUUCUGAUGGGCCUUAGAAGAUCAGGAAAAAGCUCCAUACAAAAAGUGGUGUUCCACAAAAUGUCUCCAAACGAAACAUUGUUCCUGGAAUCGACCAAUAAAAUCGUCAAAGAUGACAUCAACAAUAGCAGCUUUGUGCAAUUCCAGAUUUGGGAUUUCCCAGGACAAAUUGAUUUCUUCGAUCCAACUUUUGAUUCCGAUAUGAUCUUUGGAGGUUGUGGAGCAUUGGUAUUCGUUAUUGAUGCUCAAGAUGAAUACAUUGAAGCUUUAGCAAAACUCAACCAAACAGUAACUAAAGCCCAUAAGGUAAAUCCAAGGAUCAAGUUCGAAGUAUUUAUUCACAAAGUGGAUGGAGUGAGUGAUGACUUCAAAAUGGAGUCUCAAAGAGAUAUCCAUUCUCGAGCUACAGAUGAUCUGGCUGAUGCUGGAUUGGAAGGAGUCCACCUGAGCUUCCAUUUAACGUCAAUUUACGACCACUCAAUAUUCGAAGCUUUUUCUAAAGUUGUUCAAAAGUUGAUCCCUCAGUUACCGACACUUGAAAACCUACUCAACAUUUUUAUUUCGAACUCUGGAAUCGAAAAGGCUUUUCUGUUCGAUGUGGUAUCUAAGAUUUAUAUAGCAACUGAUUGCUCGCCAGUGGAUAUGCAAAGCUACGAAUUAUGCUGUGACAUGAUUGAUGUUGUGAUAGACCUGUCUUGCAUCUACGGGUCUAAGGAUGAUCCAGAUGUUGCUGCAUUCGACGACCACAGUUCCAGCCUGAUAAAAAUGAACAACAGCACGAUUUUGUAUCUUCGGGAAGUGAACAAAUUUUUGGCUCUCGUGUGCAUCAUACGUGAAGAAAAUUUCUCUCGCCAAGGAGUAAUCGACUACAACUUUCUGUGCUUUCGAGAAGCCAUCACUCAGGUUUUUGAAUUGCGACUGAAAAAUCAGAAACUGGAGGCUGCUGAACACAGUCAAGACCAUGAUAGCGAUUAUCAAGGUUCGAUUCCCUCUACGGGCACGGCUUCACAAAACUUCGAUCAGCAUAUGAGUAAUACUGCUGUGGCCUAAACAAUGUUUUCUUCAAAGUUAGGUUUAAAAUGUAAAAAUAAAGUUGGGUUAUUAAACGGUUUUGCGCA